AUGAACGCCCUCAGCACUGUCGAUACCCAUGAUUCGUCUAUGAAUAACAAAGGAAAAGGCAAGGUCAAGCCUGGAAAAGGCAUUGACACGGGCGGUGGCAUGUUUACUACCUUGCAAUUUGCGGCUUCGUCAACAUCGAAGGUACCAAUGGGCCCAGAAACUGGGGAAGAACACAAUUGGAUCGACACAACGCUUAAUGGAGGAUCUGUACUACUGAACAUCGUCAAGGAAGCAUCAUCUUUGGCUCCGAUUCCUUACCUAAAGCAGGCUGCGGGUGCUACGCUCAAAAUCGUUGAGAUCAUUCAAACAGUGAAAGAGAACAAAAUCGCUUUCGAAAGACUUGGUCAAGAAGCGAUGGAGUUCAUCACAACAGUAUACUCUGCCUACCAGCGCUCACCUAACAAAGACAAUUGGCCUCCACAGGAUAUCAAAGCUGUGAUUGACGACUUUGUAAGAUUUCAAAGAACACUGGCAGACAUACAAGCUGCUAUCAACAAGCAGCUCAGGCGGGGAAAGGUGACAAGGCUGGUCUACAGUGCCGCAGAUGCCGGAAAGAUAGAGGAGUUCCGACAACGAUUGAAAACGGCCAUAGAUAUGUUCGAGGUAUCCUCUCACCUGAGCCUUCAUGAUGCACUAAGCUUGAUAUUGCAAAAUCAAAUGAAGGAAGAGGAGGCACGGAGACAAGCAGAACUUCUGAAGGCACGGCAUGACAUCGAGGAAGUUCACCAACGCAUAGAUGCGCAAGAGCGCGAGGCACGACUUCAUCAAGAGGUUAGAAGAUUGCAAGAAGAGGAAGACAAUCGUAGAAGGCAGCAAGCUGCAGCGGAGGAAGAGAUUAUUUCCCAGCAACGACGAAUCGAGGAGCUGGACGCGCAGAACUCAAUAUUAAGAAUUCAAGUGGCAGACGACCUUAGGCGAAGAAGGGAUGAUGAAGAGAGUGCCUUGCGCGAGCGUCAGCAAGAGCGAUCCCGUCAGCAACUCGAGGAAAGAGAGGCUCUGGAGCGAAUCAGAGCGGAGGAGCGCGCAAAAAUUGAACUCCAAUGUCGGUUGGAGAUAGAAGCCGAACUGCAAGCAAAACAAGAGGCAAGGAGAAUCCAGGAUGCAAUAAACAGCGAGACGAAGAGAAAGAGGGAACUAGAACGACGAUACAAAAAGGAGCGUCGGAGAAUUGAGGAACUUAUGCAGAAAAUGGGAUCACUAGAUAUUAGUGAAGGGAGCUCUGAGGUGGGAAGUGGAGAUAGCUCAGAGUACGAGACGGAGCCAGACAUUCCUGUUCCAAAGAAACAAUCGCAAAAGCCACCGAAAUCCGAGCUUCCCAAAACGACCUCGCCAAAAGCCCAUUCUCCGGCCGUCGACAAUGUCAGUAACCAAUUCGCACAGACCAUUCUGGGAUAUCCGGGUUCAAUCGGUCCCUGGCAAGCAGGUUAUCAGUAUGGCUCCACCUUCUCAGCAUUACAGUAUGCACCUCAUUCUCCGUCGGUUCAAUCUUAUUCACAUCCUCUGUACCCAAGUUCGUAUAUUCACCAAUCCAUGCCCAAUGCGAGCCAUCAGACAAUACCAUCUGGGAAUACUCCUAUUUCGGUUCACAACAUUAAUAGCGGAAACAUUGCAAACAUCAACAUAACUAACUCUGGGAAUGUUACUUCCAAACAGAAGCGAAAAUCUGGUAGGUGGCAGUUAACAUAA